CUGGGGGGGGGUUGAGGGGAUCGUAAUUUUGCACGACACAGUGUCCUUCGCAACCAGAAGGCAUGCUGACACCGCGAACAAAACAGUUCAUCCACUUUAGCCUUUCUUUCUCGAGCGUGAGGGAAUUCAAACACAGUCUUAUGCAGCCAUUUGCGUCCAAGCGACGCGCUGAGAACGAACCGUCCGCUCGUGUUCCCGGUUCAGUUUAGCUUCCAAUGUGAUCACUUCCAUGCCAACUGAUGAUAACUCCACCUGCCCCAUCCCAUCACGAGCAGCAUCUUCAUGUCCGGCCCGUCUUCCAGGCCAGCUUCGAUCCCGCUGCACCACAUUUCCACCAACCGCCGCUACGAUUCCGGCUCGGACGAGGCGUCGCUGCUGGGCUCGGAGACAGAGAAGCGUCGAGCGUCAUCCGACUCCGACUUCUCUCUCUUUAGCGACACGGGCGAUCUUGCGGACCAGCUAGACGAGGAGGAUCCGUUGCAUAUACAACUCCGGUCAUCUUUACAACAGGAGCUGCCUUCGGGGCAGCGGCGGAAAGGCGGCGGAGGCACCAAAUAUCGCAAGAGCGUUCGCUACCAUUCGGACGACGAUCGCUACAACGAGAAGGAGAGAAAGCAGGGCCUACGAAAAGCAGACAUUGUCGUCCCAAACCCGCCGCCACGACCUCUUAGUUUUGGCCAUAGACUUCUUGCUGCCAUUAUGGCUCCAGGUGAUGGGCCUUCCCGCAUCCAUGGCUUACAUGGCAAGAAACUCAUAUACUUCACCACAAUAUUCGUGUCGCUCGGCGUUUUUCUGUUUGGAUAUGACCAAGGCGUUAUGUCGGGCAUCAUUACAGGCGGGCAUUUUAAGGAUUAUUUCAACCAGCCGUCGAGAGCUGAGAUAGGAACGAUGGUUGCUAUUUUAGAAAUCGGCGCUUUUAUCUCGUCACUAUCCGUCGGCCGCCUGGGCGAUAUGCUUGGUAGACGAAAGACGAUCCUUUACGGCUCCCUUGUCUUCAUACUUGGCGGCGCCUUCCAGACCUUUGCCAAUGGCAUGCCGAUGAUGAUGCUGGGUCGUAUCAUCGCCGGCUUUGGAGUAGGCGCCCUGUCGACCAUUGUACCUGUAUAUCAAUCCGAGAUUUCGCCUCCGCACAAUCGUGGCAAGCUGGCAUGUAUCGAGUUCACGGGCAACAUCUGCGGCUACACGGCUUCAGUAUGGGUAGACUACGUGUGCAGUUACAUCAAAGGCGACUGGGCAUGGCGCCUGCCUUUGCUUAUGCAAGUAAUCAUGGGCAGCUUGCUGGCUCUAGGUAGUCUUUUGAUUCUCGAGUCGCCUAGAUGGCUGCUAGAUCAUGAUCAUGACGAGGAAGGCAUCGUGGUGAUCGCCAACCUCUAUGGCAAAGGCGACAUUCACAACGCAAAGGCCCGGGACGAAUAUCGCGAAAUCAAGAUGAACGUGCUCCUCCAAAGGCAGGAGGGCGAACGAUCGUAUUCAGACAUGUUCAAGCGAUACUACAAAAGAGUUUUCAUCGCAAUGUCCGCGCAGGCGCUCGCUCAGCUAAACGGUAUUAAUGUAAUCUCUUACUACGCUCCUCUAGUGUUCGAACAAGCGGGCUGGGUUGGACGCGAUGCCAUCUUGAUGACCGGCAUCAACGGCAUUACCUACCUGAUGUCAACCAUACCACCUUGGUACAUAGUGGACACAUGGGGUCGUCGUAUGAUUCUCCUGACCGGCGCCUUCGCCAUGAUCAUAUCCCUGUCGGCGAUUUCGUACUUCAUCUUCAUCGACAUUUCGCUCACUCCAACCUUGGUCGUCAUCUUUGUGAUGAUAUACAAUGCUGCUUUUGGUUACUCGUGGGGCCCUAUUCCUUGGUUAUACCCUCCAGAAAUUUUGCCUCUGAGCAUUCGUGCUAAAGGAGCCAGUUUGAGCACCGCCACAAAUUGGGCAUUCAACUGGCUUGUCGGCGAAAUGACGCCAAUUCUUCAAGAGUGGAUUCAAUGGCGCCUGUAUCUCCUGCAUGCGUUUUUCUGCGCCGUGUCGUUUGUUGUUGUAUGGUUCAUCUACCCAGAAACUGCAAACAUCCGUCUCGAAGACAUGAAUUCUAUAUUUGGCGACGCAACCACCGUCGCCCCAACUCCAGAGACGCUUGCAGAGGCAGAAUCGUUGUUCGGCAGUCAGCGUUCGCCCGUGCCUUCUCUCGACCUGCGAAGGUCUGGAGCGGGUAAUCUGUCUGCCGACAAUGCGAUCCCAGGUCUCGAUAUCGACCUGCCAAGCGAUGACAAUGCCAAGAGUACCUUGGAAAGGGAGCAGGGUGAAGGCCUAGGCGGUUGGAUUUCGAACAUCGUAAGCAGGGCCAGGGGAGGUGUUGAUGGAAGUGAAGGAGGGAGCGGACGGUACAAGAGAGUGGACCAGGAAGACGAUGGUGCAUGAUGCGUGUUUGUUCGAGUACUAAUUCUGAGAUCCCAACGUUGCACAGCGAUACCGCCAUUUGGUUGGCAUCUAGAGGUUUUCUUGUGCGCCCAGCAAGCGCUGAGUAAGAAUGCGGCGUUUAUUUUUCCUUCCAUUUAUGCAACGUCUGGUAGAUGGCUGCCUAGCAAUCCUGAAAUUAUCAUUUCAUAUGAGGAUAUUGAAGGAUACUUUUACCAUUAAAAAGAUUCUAUAUCUGGG